GCUUUGGAAGAAGAGAUGCCCCUUCGACGUCAAUUUCACGAUUUCAUCGAAUCAAAUGUGUAAAAACAGAAAAAACAGCACAGCGGACCGCGACCAGGCAGAGACAUAGAGAGAACGAAGACGGAGGUGGAAGAAGCACGAAAGAAGAAACAGUGAAGCUUUCACCACGAUCGGAUUCAAACUCUAUUCAACGUUUGUCUUCUCUCUAUAACACCUGAGAAAUUCCAUGUAUCAAUUCUACGAUAAUUUACGCACAGGGAAUUUAUCUGUUCGGAACAAUCUAACUGGUCAAUUUUGGCAUUGACGCCGGUUCGAAUUCUGGAUUCGUAGCAGCUGCCAUUGCCUUACAUAUAAGGCAAUUUUGGGCUCUCAGAUCUGCUACGACCUGAACCGUGCCGCAGCUGCCUGCCUACGAAAUGGACGACCUGGAUGUGUUGGCCAGAGACUUUGGAAUACGACCUGGCGGAAAAUCGGCUCCCAUGAGAUCCGGACAUGGGGAUCGCCGGUCAAGUUCCGUCCGGUCCUCCUCGUCCUCUCCAUUCGUAGACGAUCCAGAUGGAAUGCUGUUCAAUGACGUUUUUGGUGGUCCGCCUAAAUACACGACCUCCACUAACAAUAGCAAUAAGAGCGCAUCGGCAACAAAUGAUUUGGAUUACGAUUCAAUUUUCAAGCCCAGCAAUGAUCCUAAGAGCAAUAAGGAAAGCAGCAGCAAGACGUCUUCUGUGCCGGUGUAUGACAAGCCUGUCUACGAUGAUGAUAUUUUUGAUGGAUUGCCAGGACUGAAGAGCAAGCCAGUUUCAUCAUCAGCUAGAUUUGAUGAUGAUGUGUUUGCCUCAAUAUCUUCACCCCCAAAGAAGAAUUACAGUAGCGAACAGCUUGAUGAUCUGCUAGGAAAUUUGGAUAGAGGUGAGAAGGUGGCAGAACUGCGGAGCAGUAAGAAUUCAAGUUCGAGUGCAUUUGAUGAUUUGCUAGCUGAUUUUGCGAGUGUAAGUCCAGCAACCACGAAGAGGCCAUCUACUGGGUCUAGUAAUCAACAACCUUCAAAACCGUCCGGCAGUUCAAGUCAAACAUCAAGUACUAUGGAUGACCCUUUUGUCGUAUUAAGAACAACUUCACCCCCCGUGUCUUCUUCAGGGGUAUUUUCUGAUCCACUUGAAGACAUUACUAAGAUUGGUAAACCUGCAAGUUCAAAGGUCAAUUCUUCAUCUAUAGGUGGGAAUGUAUUUGAUGACUUGGAUCUACUGAAUGGUUUUGGUAAAUCUGCUCCACAAUUAUUCCCUGAUAGGAAUAAAAUAAGUAAAGAGUCAAGUCCUUCAUGGGAUGAUGGACCACUGACAAAUGAGUCAGAAGUACUCACAUCUAAAGAAAAUAUUGUGAAAUCUUCGUCUAAGCAUUCUGAAAUUCCAGGGGACAGCUUUCAGGAGCCUCCUCUUUUUGACAUGCCUCUAGACGAGACUCGGAAGAAAACAUUCAGUCAAUCAGCUUCCCCCCCUUCAUAUGAAAGUGCAAAUCAUACUGAGACAAGCUCCCAGGUGGAUACGUCUCCUAGGUCAGAGGGACCAGUUCAACCAUCAGAAGAUAUUUGGCUCACUGUAUCAGAGAUUCCUCUUUGCACACUACCCACGAGUGAUCCACCUCCAUCCCGGCCCCCACCUCCAAUUCCAAGGUGGACCUCAAAGUCAGAGAGAGUCUUCUCUACUUCACAGGCAAGAAGAAGAGUUGAUGAUUCUUCUUCUUCACCGAGUUAUGGACAAUACUCUCGAAGUCCUAACCCUUCUUCCUCCGCUGCUAAUAAGAGCCCUCCAGUUUCACAACUGGAUGAACUUGAGGAAUUUGCCAUGGGAAUGACUCGAAACAGUAUUGAUGGAAAUGAUGUUUUUAAUGGUGAAGAAGUAAAUGCAAACACUGCUGCUGCUGCAAUGAAAGAGGCUGUUGAUAAUGCUGAGGCUAAAUUUAGACAUGCUAAAGAAGUACGGGAAAGAGACUAUGUAAAAGCUGCUAGAAGUAAGGAAGCUGUGCAUCUGGAAAGUGAUGACCAAGUCAUGCAUGAGAUGCAAGCAAAGGAAUACAGGGAAACCCAAGAAAGAUUAGAGUUGGAACGAAAUCAACGUGAAAAGGAAGAGCAAGAGAGGGAACAGAGAAGGCUCGAAAGAGAGAGGGAGCUUGAAAGGGAGAGGGCCAGGCAAGCUGUAGCAAGGGCUACAAGGGAAGCACGUGAUAGGGCUGCAGCUGGGGCCCUCGAAAAAGCAGCUGCUGAAGGUCGUAAGAAAGCUGAAAAGGCUGCUGUUGAGAAGGCAUCAGCUGAAGCACGAGAGCGGGCUGAGAGGGCUGCGGUUCAGAGAGCACAAGCAGAAGCUCGUGAAAGAGCUGCUGUUGCUGCUAGGGAAAGGGCAAAUGCGGAAACUAGGGAAAGAGAAGCACGUGAAAAAGAAAAGGCUGAUGCCGAGUCCCGCCGUCGUGCAGAACGAGCUGCCGUAGAAAAGGCUGCUGCAGAAGCACGUGAGAGAGCUGCUGCUGACGCUCGAGAAAGAGCUGCUAGGACGAGUCAACAAAAGAAUGAUAAUGAUCUCGAGUCCUUCUUUAGUACUCGAUCAAGCAAUGUGCCAAAAACUACUACUCCGGAAAUGAAGUUCGAUGCACAGUUCCAGAAUAAGGGAAGUUCUGAGAGGGCAAAGUCACCGUUUUCUUCUGGCGGGGUCUCCUCUAACAUAAAGAAAGUUACACCCACCAAUAAUAUGGUAGAUGAUUUGUCUUCAAUUUUUGGAGAUUUUCCAUCUCCCGGAGAGUUUCAGGAGGUUGAUGGGGAAAGUGAGGAAAGAAGAAGAGCUCGAAUGGAUCGUACUCAGCGUACUCAGGAGCGUGCGGCAAAAGCUUUGGCGGAAAUGAAUCAACGUGAUCUUCAAGUCCAACGGGAACAGGAAGAAAGACACCGGAUUGCUGAGUCAUUUGAUAUUGAAAUCAAGAGAUGGGCUGCUGGAAAGGAAGGGAAUCUGCGGGCACUUCUAUCGACUUUGCAAUAUGUUCUCUGGCCUGAAUGUGGUUGGCAGCCUGUUUCGUUGACAGAUUUGAUCACUGGUGCCUCUGUCAAGAAAGUGUAUAGAAAAGCAACCCUUUGUAUACAUCCUGAUAAGGUACAACAGAAAGGCGCCACUCUUCAGCAGAAAUAUGUUUCUGAGAAAGUCUUUGAUCUGCUUAAGGAAGCAUGGAACAAAUUUAACUCGGAGGAGCUAUUCUAGAAAGUCUACUACAUGUAUUGAUUAGCUUUGUGUGGCUGUUAGUGAUGGGACGGAGUGUAUGUAUAGAUGAAGCUAUGUAUGCAUGCACCAUUGGCAUUGUUGAUGCUUAUAUGCACAUAAUUUACUUGUGAUGUUGGGGUCUUCCUUUGCUUGCUUUCUAGCAAAGCAAUGCAAAAGCUGGGUUUAUUUAGUACGGUGAAGACUGAAGAGGCAUUCAUUUGUUGUUGCUGCUGCUGCUGGGAUGCAUAUGGUAAAAUUAAGUAUCAUCCAUCUGUUUUGUAAAUUGAUUUUAUUGCCGGUGAUGAGUUAUACGAUGUAUACUAUAUAGUUUUGUUUCCAAUCAUCAUGUGGUUCUAUGUCGCGUUUGGUUGCCUCCCACUUCAUCUGGAUGCUGCAGAUGAACUUUGUUUUUUAAUCACAUUGUUGUGAAUUUUACCCUUUGUUUGGUGUAAUGCAAAAUGUCUUCUCUCUUUCCUUUUUUGUUUUCUCAAUCUCCAUAUGAGAACUGCAAUGUACUUAGCAAAGAUCUAUAUUAUGAAAUGUAAUUUUUUCUUUCUUUUCAUUUUGUAUAUCUUCGUAUUUUUUAUAGCUUGAAAAUGUCU